GAAAACAGUUGGCGCCGCCGCCGCCGGGGCUUCUGUUCCAGGUCAGCUCCCGGCCUGACGCAGCGUCGCGUCCCCCGGGAGCUGCGUGAGGCGAACGGCUGCGGCGCUUUGUGCUCCAGUCGCUCCUAACGUUCCCUGGCCCGGCCGGGGCCGCGCGGUUAAGGCGUCUGAGGCGGGCAGACGCCGGCUGCCAGCAUGUCGCUGCCUCCGGAGAAAGCCUCCGAGCUGAAGCAGCUCAUCCACCAGCAGCUGAGCAAGAUGGAUGUCCAUGGCAGAAUAAGAGAAAUCCUUGCUGAGACUAUACGGGAGGAACUGGCACCUGAUCAGCAACAUUUAUCAACAGAAGAUUUGAUCAAAGCCCUUAGACGUCGAGGAAUUAUUGAUGAUGUGAUGAAAGAACUUAAUUUUGUUACUGACAGUGUUGAGCAAGAACUCCCUUCUUCUCCAAAACAACCUAUUUGUUUUGAUAGACAAUCAACAUUAAAAAAAACUAAUAUUGAUCCAACACGGAGGUAUCUUUACCUUCAGGUUUUGGGUGGAAAAGCUUUCUUGGAACAUCUGCAAGAACCUGAACCUUUACCUGGACAAGUUUGUUCAACAUUUACUUUAUGUUUACAUUAUCGAAACCAACGUUUUCGUUCUAAACCUGUUCCAUGUGCCUGUGAACCAGAUUUUCAUGAUGGCUUUUUGCUUGAAGUACACAGAGAAAGCUUGGGUGAUGGAACUAGAAUGGCUGAUUCAACAACAAUGCUAUCAAUAAGUGAUCCAAUUCAUAUGGUGCUGAUCAAAACAGACAUAUUUGGUGAGACAACUUUAGUAGCAUCCUAUUUUCUGGAAUGGCGAUCAGUUUUGGGUUCAGAAAAUGGAGUGACCAGUCUGACUGUGGAACUUAUGGGUGUAGGCACAGAAUCAAAAGUUUCGGUGGGAAUUUUAAAUAUAAAACUUGAAAUGUAUCCACCACUCAAUCAAACGUUAUCUCAAGAAGUAGUGAACACACAGCUUGCUUUGGAACGUCAGAAAACUGCAGAGAAAGAGCGAUUAUUUCUUGUAUAUGCUAAGCAGUGGUGGAGAGAAUAUUUGCAGAUUCGACCCUCACACAAUUCACGACUGGUGAAGAUUUUUGCACAGGAUGAAAAUGGGAUAAAUAGACCAGUCUGUUCCUAUGUUAAACCACUUCGAGCUGGACGACUUCUUGAUACUCCAAGGCAAGCAGCAAGAUUUGUUAACGUCCUUGGUUAUGAACGAGCCCCUGUUAUUGGAGGAGGAGGUAAACAGGAGCAGUGGUGCACUCUGCUGGCCUUUCUCUGUAGAAACAAGGGUGACUGUGAAGAUCACGCUAACCUUCUGUGCAGCCUUCUUCUUGGAUAUGGAUUAGAAGCAUUUGUCUGUGUUGGAACCAAGGCAAAAGGAGUACCUCAUGCAUGGGUUAUGACUUGUGGAACUGAUGGGACCAUCACUUUUUGGGAGAGUUUAACAGGACACAGGUACAUCCAUAAACCUACCAAUCCUGAUGAACCUCCAGUUGCUGAACAGCCCAAACCAUUAUACCCAUAUCGAACAAUUGGUUGUGUUUUCAACCAUCAAAUGUUCCUGGGAAAUUGUCAACCCUCUGAUGCAGUAGAAACCUGUGUAUUUGAUUUGAAUGAUGAAUCCAAAUGGAAACCCAUGAGUGAGGAAGCAAUUAAAUCUGUGUGUGCUCCUGGAGCUACAACGUCCCUUCCUCCCUUUCCACCUCUGUGUGCAUCCACAAUUGACGCGUCAGUAACCAGUAAUGAAAUUGAAAUGCAGCUGAGGCUCCUAGUAUCAGAACACAGGAAGGAUCUUGGUCUAACUACUGUUUGGGAAGACCAGCUGUCCUACCUUUUAUCACCAGCUUUGGCUUCUUAUGAAUUUGAGCGUACAACAAGUAUAUCAGCAGGCAAUGAAGAAUUUCAAGAUGCCAUAAGAAGGGCUGUACCUGAUGGUCAUACAUUUAAAGGGUUCCCAAUACAUUUUGUGUAUAGAAAUGCAAGACGUGCAUUUGCCACAUGUCUUCGAUCUCCCUUCUGUGAAGAAAUAAUCUGUUGCCGUGGAGACCAAGUGCGACUGGCAGUUCGUGUCCGAGUGUUUACUUACCCUGAAUCUGCAUGUGCCGUUUGGAUCAUGUUUGCUUGUAAAUAUCGCUCAGUAUUAUAGGGCCAACAUUUCUAUAAGAAUUAUACCUGUGUUUAAUUGGAAUUUUACACAUUGUACAUUAUUUGGCUAUUUAGAGGUUUGUUAUUUUAAAAUCACAAUCUGGCUUGAAUGACAUAUUUCAAUUUUGUAUAUACUUGUAAUGUUUAGAAAAAUCAUGUUGUGUUCCUUUAAAAAUUAAGGAUGAAAACUUUGUAUAAAUCACCUGGAAUUUAGUAUAAAUUAAGUGUAUAUUCUAUUUUAAUAAAUGCUACUUUGUUUACAGGUAUCAGUAGUUUAAAUAUUAAUAUAAAAUGCACUCAGUUUUCUUUACACUAAAAAGUAAUCAAAGAGAUUUGUUUAAGGGUUUGAGCCCGAGAAAAAUCAAUAUGAUCAUGAUUUUUCAUAGAUUAGUGGGAUUAUUUUAUACAAAUCAGGAGAAAUUAACCUCAUGACAGAUUUAGUUAUUGCAUUGGUGAGAAUAAAUGUUGAUGAAUUGCCACAUUUGUGGUUUAUUCCUGGCCCUUGAGAUAUUUGAGACAGUCCAGAAAUUUAUGGUCAGACCUUGAAGUAAGAGUAGGAAAAAACUAAUAUCAGAAAAGCAUAAAUAUUAAUAACCUCACGUGAAAAUACAUUAAUCAUUUAGAAACAUUUAUCAGUGUGAUUUGUUGUAAAAAUGAAUUGGGUAUUUUAGAAAAAAUUUAUUAUACCUCUUUGUUAUGAUAUUGUGAUCUUAGCAGU